AUAAGCCAGGCUUACUUCAUUCUUGCGCGUUGUCUAUUUCUUCAUUCGGAAUGGGAUGCAGCGGAUAGGAUGAUUGAGGAGUGCCUACAGAAAAACGAGACUAUCGCGGAUGCAUAUUUACUCAGAGCCGAGAUCAAACUGAUGAAAGGGCAGGUUACUGAUGCGGACAGCUGCCUCAACACUGGUCUCAGCUUCAAUUUUUCCGUACGAGACAGUUCACUGUUUCAUCUGAUCAAGGCCAAAGUGCAUAAGCAAAGAAAUGAAAUGGAAAAAGCUGCUGAUUUGUUGAAAGCUGGUUUGAAACUACCGCAAAAGGAGCGAUCAACGAAUCUUUUGAUGAGGCGAGAGGGUGGGGAUGCUCAGCGAAUAUCGAUCCAGCUUGAACUGAUAGAUUGUCUUCAGACGAUGAAACAAACGCAUGAAGCUGAACGAGUAAUGAGGGAAGCUCUCGAACAAUGGAAAGGUAAACCAGAAGAGCAACAACUUCUUUUGAUGAAUGCCCAAGUACUUGUUUCAAAAGGUGACGUCGAUGGGGCAUUGGCAAUUCUGAAUACGGUCCAACCAGGACAGCCGAAUUACUAUGCGGCUCGCAUUAAAAUGGCAGAAAUCUAUUUGGAAGAGAAAAGAGACAAAAUGAUGUUUACUGUUUGCUACAAGUGGGUGAUUUAG